AUGACGCUCUUUCGGUACCCAGCUUUGGCAGCGCUGAUGAUCCUCGCUUACUCUGUUGAGGUCAUCCAUGCCUGGCCAGCGCCCACCAUGAAUCGCUUCGACAGCUGUCCAUCGUACACCAAGCUGCUGCCGCGCUAUGACCUCUACCAUGAGCAUUGCGAAGCUGACGCUGGUCCGUCAGGUAGCGACCCCAAAUGGCCCUGUUUCACCAUGUGGUACGGAGACAUGACAACUGUCAACGCUACCGUGGACAACAGCAAAACUGCACCGGACGAUUUCUUCCUCCUGAAAAACGGCGAUAAGCUCGACUUCACUACUCGCGACCCAAAGCAAGCCUUCACCUUGUCUUGGUUCUUUACCGACCUUUCCAUGUCGUACUCGGACUUCAACCAGGACACAGGCUGCUACAAGAUCACGCUCAAGCACAAGGAAGGCUUUCAUCGUAGGAUUUGGGUAUCGGACGAAGCUGGCAAGGAUAGGGACAUUGACACUAGCAACUAUCACGAGACCUCAAAGACGCUUUGCACAAAGUGGCUCCACAUUCAUGUAAAGGAGUAG